AUGUCGGACCAGGGCAACUACAACAACUGGACCAAGGCCGGGCUCAUCCAGCGGGUCAAGGAGCUGGAGAAGCAGCUCAAGGCGUCUUCGUCUCACGAGCCCACUUCCACAGCAGCAGAUCAGCAGCAGCAGCCGCCAACACGGAGCGAGCCUGGACAUGAACAGGAGCAGAAGCAGGACAAGGACGAGGCCGCCGCCGCCGUCCAGCCGGCCAAGAAACCCAAAGCCAACAAGAAGAAGAAGAUGGACCCCUCCAAGUACGCCACGCGGUACAUUGCCCUGAAGCUGGCGUACCUGGGCAAGAACUUUGGCGGCUUCGAGUUCCAGGCCAUGGGCAACCAGCCGUCCAUCGAGGAGGAGCUGUGGAACGCCCUGACCAAGGCGUGUCUCAUCUUCCCCGAGGACAAGCGCAUCGUCGACUUUGAAUGCUGCGAGUACUCCAAGUGCGGGCGGACGGACCGCGGCGUGAGCGCCUUUGGGCAGGUCAUUGGGCUCAGGGUGCGGAGUAACAGGCCGUUGCCCAAGAAGCAGCAGGUCGAGGGCGAAAACGAGGAGGAGAUGAAUGUAGACUCGGCAGAGCAGCAGCAGGAGAAGCAGCCGCAAGAGAACAACAAGGCGAAGAAGAAGAAACAGCCCGAGCCCGCCAGGCCCUUUGACGACAUCCGUGACGAGAUCCCCUACCCGCACGUCCUCAACCGGCUGCUCCCCAAGGAGAUCCGCAUCCUGGCCUGGUGCCCGUCGCCUCCGCCGGGCUUCUCCGCCCGGUUCUCGUGCCGGGAGCGGCAGUACCGCUACUUUUUCACGCAGCCGGCCUUUGCCCCCGCGCCGUCUCAUAUAGAGGGCGGCGGCGGCGGCGCAACGGGCCGGCAGCAGGCCAAGGACGGAGGAGGCAGCAGCAGCAGCAGCAAGAUGGUGAAGCCCGGCUGGCUGGACAUUGACGCCAUGCGCGACGCGGCGAAGCGGUACGAGGGCGAGCAUGACUUCCGCAACCUGUGCAAGGUCGACCCGGCGAAGCAAAUCACCAACUUCAAGCGGCGCAUGUUCGAGUCGGACAUUGUCGAGGUCGAGGACGCCGCGUCGGCGCUGCCGUACCUCCGCGCGGCGGGCUUUGCCCCCGAGGACCUGGCGUCGCUGGACUCGUCGUCGUCGUCGUCGGGGGAAAGAUAUCCCAAGGUGUACUACUUCCACGUCCGCGGCUCCGCCUUUCUGUGGCAUCAGAUCCGGCACAUGGUGGCCGUGCUGUUCCUCGUGGGCCAGGGGCUGGAAAAGCCGUCGGUGGUGAGCGAGCUGCUCGACGUGGACAGGAACCCGCGCCGGCCAAACUACGUCAUGGCGGACGAGGUGCCGCUGGUGCUCUGGGACUGCAUCUUCCCCUCUGACCUGAGCGCGUCCGCCGAGGCCCGUCGCGAGGACGACGCGCUGCGGUGGGUGUACGUCGGGGACGACGGGCCGAGCGGGCGGUUCGGCCAGUUUGGCAUCAUGGACGACGCGUGGCAGAUGUGGCGCGAGAAGAAGAUGGACGAGGUGCUCGCCGGGCAGCUGCUGCAGCACGUCUCGAAGCAGGGCAACAACAACAACAACACCGCCGCCAGUGCGGCCAAGGCGACGACGAGUGCUGCUGCUGCUGCUGCAGCGAGCGUAAAGGUGUUUGAGGGCGGCAACGGCGGGAGGCUGAGCGGCAAGUAUCCCGGCGUCAUGAACAUGAAGCUGCUGGAGAGCGCGGACGAGCAGAACGACAAGUAUGCGAGGAGAAAGGGGUAUGCGGAUGCGGAGGAUAUGAGGGCGAAGAAGGGGUUUAGGAGUGUCAAGGCCGAGGAGGAUACCACCAUGGCGGAUGAAUGA